UCAAAUCCCGUAAAUGCAUUUUCCCCCAAAUCAAGAACCCUAAAAACAAUUUCCCGAUUAUCACACCAAGCCACCCACAAACACAAGAAGAACUACCCAAUCACCAAUAACCACCGCUUCUUGUCGCCGACGACGCCGAUUUUUGCGAAGAAUUUGUGAGGAGUUGUGUAUCUCGUCUGCAACAGGUUUGUUCCUUCAAAAAAUCUGGAUUUUUUGGCUAUAUGAGCAAGCUUACGAUGGCCAACACAAACAGCAUUCGUCAUUUUUCUCCUUUGCCUUCGAGGUAUGGGAUCCACUAGCCAGCCAACAUUGGAUGAAACAGUGAAUACGCAACCAAGUGUUACUUGCCCAUCGAAUGAGGAUGCAAAUGAUAAUCUCUUUCAAAGGAGAAAGAGAGCCAAGACAUCUACAGUAUGGGCUGAAUACAAAGAAGUGGUCCUUCCUAACGGCGAGAAGAAAGCAGAGUGUAUCCAUUGUAAAUACAAGCUUCAAAUUCAUGCAUCCGGAAGCACUACACAUCUUGGAAGACAUUUACAAAGGUGUGUGAAGCGAGCAGCUUCACGUAGACAACAACAUAUUAAUUUUCCUCCUGCUGAUUCUAGUAAGGGAACAUCUGUCCUUCCUGCUCUUACCGAUGAGUUCAACAUGAUGGUGAUGAGGGAAUUGGUUGCACAAUGGGUGCUUAUGCAUGAGCACCCAUUUACCGUUGUGGAAGAGGAGGGUUUGAACAAUAUGUUGAAAUAUGAGAUUCCAGAAUGGUCAAGGGUUUCACGCAAUACAUGUAAAAAUGAGCACCCAUUUUUUUGUCUUGGAUUGUAUAAUUUGUUGUGUAAUACGUAGUCUAUGUUGAUUUGGAUGUGAUUUAUGUUUGAUAUAAACGCAAAUUUAUCAAAAAUU